UUGGUUUAAUAUUAAAAUAUUGAAAUAAGCUGAAUUCAGUCUGAGAGUUGAACUGUGUUGGGCUGUUGUUUGGAAGAGGAGUCAGAAUUCACACCUCCGCUCCUGCAGCCUCCAUGAGCUCUUUCCCACACAGAGUCCUGCUGCAUGGAGGCUGCAGAGGUGUCACCUCACACCUCCGAGUCCAGCAUAAAAACCUCCAGCCUCCAGGUCCUGCCUUCAUUCGCUCUCUGACCUUCCAGCAUAAAAACCUCCAGCUUCAUUUACUCUCCAACCUUCCUGCAGCCUGCUUCUCCUGCUUGUAUUCGCUUUCCACCUUUCAAGUAUGGAUACCUCCAACGUCAUCCACCAUCCUCACAGCCGGUGGAGCAGCCCGAGCUCUGAUUCUGAGCUCUACAGCAUCUCCUCCCCUGAGACUGUCUCUCCAGCACCUUCCAUGGACCUCAACUGCUCUCCGUCUUACCAACCCAAACUCAACAAGCUUCACAAAGCCACCUCCAGACUGACCAAAAUGCCCAGUUCUCCCUCUGGUCUUGUCAGGAGGACGCGAAGAUCUAGACUGAAGAACCCGAGUGAGCAGCGUCAGAAUGCCAGCGAGAAAGAGAAGCUCAGGAUGAGGGACCUAACCAAAGCUCUGCACCAUCUCAGAACCUACCUGCCUCCAUCAGUGGCUCCUGUCGGACAGACGCUGACCAAGAUUGAAACUCUGCGCCUCACCAUCCGCUACAUCUCGUACCUGUCAGCUCAGCUCGGGCUCAGUGAAGAAUAUCUGUCUCAGAGGAAGCAGAUGAGCAAUGAAGAUGGAUGGAAAACCUCUCCAGAGAUUCUCGGCUACUUUCAAUGCAGAUCUACAAGCACAGAGUGGGGAGAGAGACAAGGAUAUGAUGAUUAUGCAGAACAGCAUCAGACUGGGAGCAGUUUGGAGUACUCAGAGCAGGGAGUGGACAUGAACCAGUACAGCACACAGCUCUCAGAACCAAUGACGGAUCAGAUCUACAGCCCGGAGACAAAUACCUUUCAGCAACAGCAGUGUGCUCAGUUCACACAGUCCUGCCAGGUUUACGGCUAUCAGCUCGUUCCCCCGGCCUUUUGGAGCUAA